UAUACUACUAAUUGGAUGUACCCACAACCUAUACACACCAUCGCACUCAACCCUUCCAUGCGACCACCCAGAUCCAGAUCUAGACUACGACCACCAUGGCAGUAGAGUCGUCGACGCUCCCGGAAGAGCUCUUCGAAGAGAUCCUCCUCCGCCUUCCACCCGAUGACCCAGCCUGCCUCUUCCGCGCCUCCCUCGUCUGUAAAGCCUGGGGCUACGCCGUUUCUCGCCCCGGCUUUCAUCGUCGCCUCCAUGAGCUCCACCAGUCACCUCCCGUGAUUGGCUUCCUUCACGACUCAGACGAGGAGCACAUCCCCGACUUCAUCCCCACCACCGCAUCGUCCUUCUCCCUCGCUGCUUCGGAUCGUCGGUUGUCCAGGGCCCUCGACUACCGCCACAGACGCGCCCUCUUCCUCUCCGACUCCGAGGGACAGGAUACUCAAGAGCUUCUCAUGUGGGAACCAGUCACGAGUGCCCAACAACAUAUACCAAUGCCCGUGGCUUACAAUGACAUAUAUGCGAAUGUGGUGCACACGACCGCAGCCGUAUUCUGCGGAGUGGAUGGGUGCGACCACCGCGACUGCUUAGGGGGGCAUUUUCGGGUGUUGUUUGUCCUCUCUGUUGAAGAUGAAGACAGUGACGAUGAUGAAGAUGCCAUGUGGGCCUGUGUAUUCUCGUCGGAGACAGGCACCUGGGGUGAGCUAACCUCUUUGCACCACCGCUGGCACAUGUGCUUUACAUUUUUUUCUAGCGUGCUCGUUGAGUGGUCUCAGCUUUACUUCAUGGCUGAUGACGGGUUCAUCCUAGAGUAUGAUUUGGCACGGCACAACUUGACUGUGUUUAACCCACCAAACUAUUUGUGGAACUAUGGCGACGACCGAUAUAACAUUAUGCUGGCAGAGGAUGGUGGACUGGGUGUUAACGAAGUCAUGGGUUCACAUCUGAGAUUGUGGGCUAGGGAGGUGAGUGAUAGCACUAAUGCACGAUGGGUGUUGAGCCGAGUCAUCUACAUGGUCAAUUUGCUCCCAAUUGGUGCUCUUGUGGAUGCAGAGACUAGAGUUCAAGUUCUGGGCUUUGCCGAGGGAGCAAAUGUCAUUUUGGUGACCACAGUAGCUAGACUCUUCACGAUUGAACUACAAUCAGAGCGGACCAGAAAGGUAUGUGAUGACCAUGGCUUUGCUAAUUUGAUUCCCAUUGUGAGCUUCUACACUCCUGUGCCUCGAGGUGAGCACAAGGAUCGAUCAUCGAAGCCUAGUGAGGCUGCAGGUCCUCGGGGUGCGUUAGGGGAGGAGAAAAUAGUAGAUCAGGCACGACAAUUUAUCAACAGUGGGUCCAAUGUUACUAAGGAUGAGGACUUUGUAAACUCCUUCGAAUGUGUCAGCCAUGCCAUAACGAACACGUAA